GGUGCUUGUCAGCGUUGUAUCCUCCAUCGUCGGCCAUAUUCCUUCGGCUGUUAUCAACCUUCCCUCAGCGAUUGCCGUAUCUGACGUCGUCGAUGCCACCGCAGUCGUCUCAGGCCUCUCAUCUUUGGUUGCAAGUGUUCUGCAGUCAGCUUCAGUCAUUAUGCCGCUUCCAACAACAGCUCCUCAGCUCCCUGAAGACUUGCCUACCGACGGAAAUCUUUGUACUGGAGUCAAGUAUGAGAGCGGGAUUCCUACUUUCAUUGCUGUUCCUUGCCCUGGGCAGUCUUCCCCUCCCGCCACGCCGGCGGCACCUUUAUCUAACGUACCAGCUUCGAGUUCUGCAGUCAUCCCAGCCGACCCUCCUGUAUCUUCUCAAGCUGAACUUUCCACUCCUGCAGCAACUCCGGCAGCUGGAGCUUCACAGCCGUCCCCAACAGCAUCGUCUCCGGCUGGUGGUGCAAACGCUACUCCUCCUGCUAGCUCUCUUUCGACACAAGCUGGAGCCGGAGGCCCUGGAAACAAUGGCCACCCACAGAAUACUGCCCCAGCAGGUCAGCCUCAAUCACCUGUGCAAUCUUCGAGUCCGGUGGAUCCCAGGCCAGCCAAUCCUCCACCUGCUGCUACUCAAGCCCCCAACCAGGCAAGUAGCGGUGCAGGAGGUUCGCCACCGGCAUCAGCUCCUGCAGCCAGCCCCCUGACAACGUUGACUGUCGCUGCCGGAACACCCGUCUCCAUGCCAAACGGCGUGCCAGCCAACAGCGGAAACGGACAGAGCCCCUCUCCGACUUCUCAGACAGGCGGCUCGGUCUUCGGAGUUGACGAGGGACAAGAUCCUGCCUCUGGAAACAUACCACCAGGCACACCAGUCAUCCCCAUUUCCGAUUGCCCUGCCGUUGUUCAAUGCCCUGCAUGCCCGGCUUCCCCAGCAAAACCUCCUUCCGGCUCAUGUCCUUGCCCUGGUCGAGGCUA